UUGUAGAUUGGACAGCCUCUGUCGCGGAACGGUUUAGGGCUAUCGAUAGUUAGUCAAGUUGCAUUUUAGAGCCGCCAGAACUUAGAGAUAUUUGUGUCAGGAAUCUCGUGAAUGUGUAAUUCGGGCACACUAAAUCAUGUAAAGUUAUGCUUAAUUUUGGCGGAUAGUAUUACUACGAUUUGAGCAUCACACUGAGUGGGAAGGGAAACUGCGAAUAAAACAUAAGACCCAAAUACUCUGUUUGUUAUCGAACACGAGGUGUUUUCUUGGGCGUUAAGUUGCAAUGCACCCCGUGAUAGUUCGAGCGUCGUCAUUUUCUUUUAUUCGCACUCUGCAUUCGCAAGGUGCAUUGGAUUUGCACUCUGCGAGAAGAUGCCAAUGAAGCAUUCGCCCCGGCGGAGCCCCAGACUGGAUGUCGGGGGUGCUCCCGCAACUGCGACCACCACGGCCACAGCAACUGGCAAGCCGGCCAGCUCUGCGAGUGUGGCUGGUGAUCGGCAGCGGCCACAGACUCCGAAGGAAAGUGGAGUAGCCGCCAGUGAAGCGGCAAGUAACCUGCAGCCCGCAGCUACGGGGCAGCUUACGGACUCCACGACUGUACAAGUGGCGGCCCUCAUGGAAAGGAUCGCACAUCUAGAGUCGGAGCUGGUGAAGGCAAGGGCAAAUGAAGGGCAUGCAGAGGCCGCCAGGGAUCCCGUUGGAGUCGGGGCACGCGGCGUUGGAGUGAGCGGUACGGCGAAUACACCGCCAUGUUUGAGUGAAACGGUGCCAUGUCUGAGAGCAGCACCACGGCAGGGCUCGAGUGAGAGCCUGCCCAGGCAGAUUAUGAGUGACAAUCUGCAACCGGAGCUUGGAGUGACGCCAUCUUUGGAUGCGCAGUUGCCGGCACAAUUGAGUGCAAGUUUGCCGCCACAAUUGAGUGGAAAUUUGGCGCCGACGCUUGGCGGCCAUUGGGCAAACGGGCAACCUGUCACACGGAGUUGUACAACAACAACAGUGAGCUAUUCUCCGCCAUUUUGUGUUACCGCCACGGCGCAGCCUGAACGAGGUUAUGUUCACCCGCCACGGGAGCCAACACACAAUUUGGAGGUAUCAACGCCAUCGCCCCUAUCAUAUGGAAUGGCGGCGACGAGCAUACCUGGAUGGACGCCACGCAGACUGCCUGAUCUUCCCGAGUUUGAGGGUCAGCCAGAGGAAUGGCCAAUAUUCUUGUGCGCGUUCACGGAGACAACGGCAGCUUACCAGUGUACAGAUUUGGAGAAUAACCAGAGGCUAGUGAAAGCCCUGAAGGGUGAAGCCCGAGCAGCUGUGAAGUCGCUGCUCAUCCACCCCAGCAAUGUGCAAGCUGUUAUGGAGCAGCUACGAUUCCGGUAUGGACGUCCGGAGCUUUUGAUCCGUAGCCAACUGGAGAGCGUGCGCGAUGUGCAGCCAAUACAGGAGGCCAACAUCGCAAGGAUCGUGCCGUUCGCCACAAGGGUGAGCAACCUGGCAGCGUUCCUGCAGUCAACCACGACCGGCAGCCAGCACUUAGGGAAUCCAACCCUAAUGGAGGAGCUGAUCGCCAAGUUGCCUGUGAGCAAGAGGUUGGACUGGGCGAAGCACGCGGCUACGAUACAGCCAUAUCCGACAGUGGUGCAUCUAAGCGAGUGGCUUCAUGAAUUCGCUAAAUUGGUGUGCACUGUCACGGACGUCGGAAUCAAGGAGCACCCGAGACGAAGGGUAUUGCACGCGAAUAGUGUUCGCGAGGAGGAGCGGUAUGCAGACCGCCCCAGAUGUUGCCCCUUGUGUGAGGGACAACACAGCAUCAAGGACUGCAAGGAAUUCAACCGAGCUUCUACAACGAGGCGGAUCGAGUCCGCGAAGAGGUUGAGGUUAUGUUUUUCGUGUCUGGAGUAUGGACAUAUGGCCCGGUUCUGCACGAAGGAUCGAGGAUGCAACGUCUACGGAUGCCGGAUGAGGCAUCAUUACCUACUCCAUGACCCAGCUGGACAUCCCAGACGACCGCCAGUCGCAGAUGGAGGCCGCAGGAGGGAUCAGCGGAGCAGUCAAGACCGGCAGCUGUACAGAGACAGCGGCCGACGGAUACGAAUGCCACAGUCAGUGGAUUCCAACGAGAAGAGCCUGCCUACGUCAGCUGCAGUUAUAGACGCGGGACGUAAGGAGGAUGAGAGGCGAUCGACAUGCGACCGCCAGGAAUUAUCGCACCGGAACUUGAGUUGUGUCGAUUCGGAUGGAGGUCACCUGCUGUUCCGGAUUUUGCCCGUGACGUUGUACGGGGAGAAUACGCAGGUCGACACCUACGCACUGCUGGAUGAAGGUUCGUCCGUCACGCUCAUUGACGACGAGCUCAUCCGCAGCCUGGACCUGAGAGGCGAGAGUCGACAACUAAAUGUGCAAUGGUUCGGCGGAAAAUCCGUCAAAGAGCACACAAGGAUGGUUAGCCUGCAGAUCAGCGCAGCGGGCAAGCCGAAGCGCCAUGCGCUGAAGAAUGUGUACGGAGUAGCAAACCUGAGUCUCCCGAUGCAGAGCUUGCGUCGAGAGGAUGUGAAGGCAGCGGGCGCGAGUGUGCGUCUGCCUGUAAAGCCGUACAACAAUGCGGCGCCAAGGAUCCUAAUUGGAUUGGAUCAUGCGCACCUAGGAAUACCCUUCAGAACCAGGAGCUAUGGAUCUGGAGGGCCAUACGCAGCAGCCACGCCACUUGGGUGGGUGGUAUAUGGACCGGUGAAAGGAAAGGCAAGUUCACCGCUUCAGAGAUCGUGCCUCCUAGCCGUGCCACAGGAUAAUCUUCUGGAGAAGAUGGUCAGCGAUUACUUCGAGAUCGAGAGUUUCGGAGUGAAGCCGGCACAGCCAGUCGCAGCUGGCGGAGUGGAGCUGGCGCCGUCAGUCGCAGAUGACGGCAACGCACGGGCCCUGAGUAUCCUGGAGGAGACGACUAAGCGAGUAGGCCGACGAUACGAGACUGGGCUGCUAUGGAGAGACGACGAGGUGAGACUGCCAGAGAGCUACAGUAUGGCACUCAACAGACUUGUCAACAUUGAGCGGAAAAUGAAGCGCGAUGUGGACUUCGCGCGGGCCUACAAAGGAAUUAUGGACGAUUACGUCAAGAAGGGUUACGCACGACGACUGGAGCCCCAGGAAGUCCAGAGGUCCCAGGAAGGCAAGGUAUGGUACCUGCCGCACUUCGGAGUAGAGAACCCGAACAAGCCUGGAAAAAUCCGGCUGGUCUUCGACGCGGCUGCCAAGGUGAACGGAGUGUCCCUGAACUCAGCGCUGAUGAAAGGCCCACAGCGCUACAAACCCCUCCCAGCGGUGCUCUUCCAUUUCCGGGAAGGAGCAGUUGGGGUUUGUGCCGACAUCAAGGAGAUGUUUCAUCAGGUAUUGAUGCAGCCAAAGGACAGAUGUGCCCAGAGGUUCCUAUGGAGGAACGGAGAAGAUCGUCGGGAGCCCGACAUAUACGAGAUGCAGGUGAUGACGUUUGGAGCGGCCUGCUCACCAUGCUCGGCGGAUUAUGUGAAGACCGUGAAUGCUUCGCAGUAUAGCAGCACGGAUCCGCGAGCAGUCCUGGCGAUCAACGAGUAUCACUACGUGGAUGACUACGUCGACAGUUUCCCCAGUGAAGAAGAAGCUAUCGCCGUCUCGUCACGGUUCGGCAAGUGUGGUCAGAGCGUUGAACCCACUUGAAUCCAUCGCUAGCGUUAGAUGGACCGAAGCUGAGGAGAAGGUACUAGGAAUGUACUGGCAGCCAGCUACAGAUGACUUCAAGUUCGGCGUCAAAUACCAUCGAGUCCCAAGAAGUGUGAUGACAGGAGAACGCGUCCCCACGAAGAGGGAGUUCCUGAGCCUGGUCAUGUCCA